AUGGCGGACGAGGUGAUUCUUCUGAAUUACUGGCCGAGUAUGUUCGGAACGAGGACAAUGAUUGCCCUAGCGGAGAAAAACAUCAAAUUCGAUUACAGAGAACAAGAUCUGUUUAACAAAAGCUCGAUUCUCCUCGAGAUGAACCCGGUUCAUAAGAAAAUCCCGGUUCUCAUCCACAAUGGCAAACCGAUCUGUGAGUCUCUCAUCCAGGUCGAGUACAUCGACGAGGCUUGGCCGGGCAAAAACCCACUCCUUCCUUCCGAUCCUUACCAAAGAGCUCAGGCUAAGUUCUGGGGAGAUUUCGUCGACAAAAAGGUGUAUGGUCCAACGAGGUUGAUCUGGGGACCGAAAGGCGAGGAGCAAGAGGCGGGGGCGAAGGAGUUCAUCGAGAUGCUCAAGACGCUAGAGUCGGAGCUUGGAGACAAGGUUUACUUUGGAGGCGAAACGUUCGGGUAUGUGGAUAUAGCUCUCAUUGGAUUCUACAGCUGGUUUGACGUGCUUGAGAAGUUUGGGAAUUUCAGCAUUGAGCUCGAGUGUCCAAAACUAAUUGCGUGGGCUAAAAGGUGUGUCAAGAGGGAGAGUGUGGCUAAGUCUCUUCCUGUUUCGGAGGAGAUCACUAAGUUCGUCCCUGAGCUAAGGAAAAAAAUUGGGAUCGAGUAA